AUGGACGAUCUCGCGAACCUUGAGUUCUUAUCGCUCGUCUCGAAGGUCACCUCAGAAAUCCAGAACCACGUCGGUGUUUCGGAUAAGACGCUCGCCGAGUUCGUUAUCGAUCAGCACGCGACAUGCAAAGGCGUUACAGACUUCAAGAACCAGCUGGAGGCCAUGGGCGCAGAAUUUCCCCAGAGUCUGGUAGAGAGCAUUGACCGUCUCAUCUUGACGCUUCAUCCCAAGUACAAGAACAAGGGAGCAAAGGAAUCUGGCGCAAAUGGGCAAAACGGCACCGAUGCGACAGACCGCAAAACGCGCGUUUUCAAGGGUCUAGCGAUCCCGGACAAGGACGUGGAAUACGAGGUGGCAGACGACGAGCCCGAGAAAGAAGCAACACAAAUCGACGCAUUGGACGAUACGUUUGCGAUGCUGGAGGGACUGGCAGGGAAGGGGCCAAGCAGCAAACCCAAGGAGAGGUCGCGGAAAAGAAGCAUGAGCCCAUACGACAGCGACGACGACAUGAGCAGGAGUAAGCGACACAGGCAGAGAGACCGGUCGUACUCUCGCUCGCGAUCGAGGAGUCCGCGACGAGGCAGACAGCAGAACGACGAGCUGGUCUUCGAGGACGAGUUUGGCCGCACGCGGACCGUAAAGCCAAACAACAAGCAACGAAGCCGCAAGAAGUACCGCGACGAAGAUCUAGACGAAUUCCGACGACCACCUACCCCCGAGCUUGACGACGAACCCGUGUUAUACAAAGUGUACGAUGGCAAGGUCACAGGUGUCAAGGAUUUCGGAUGCUUCGUCAAUCUACAAGGCGUCAAGGGCAAGGUCGAUGGGCUGGUACACGUCACACAAAUGAUGGAGGGCCGGGUGAACCACCCUUCCGACCUCGUAUCGAGAUGGCAAGAGGUCAAGGUCAAAGUCAUCAAGAAUGAGAACAACAGGAUUUCGCUGUCGAUGAAAGAGGUGGAUCAGCGGACAGGUCAAGAUCUUGAUCCUGGCAAACGCAUCGCCUCGUUCGGCACAGGCGCAAACUCCCAGGGACUUGGAGGAAUACCAGGGCUUGACAGCUCCGUUCCAGUCGUGGAGGACGGUUUCAACAGUCGCAAGAACGGGAUGCGAAAGCGCAUGACCUCACCAGAACGUUGGGAGAUAAAGCAACUCAUUGCUUCUGGUGUUAUACCAAAAUCCGACUACCCCGACAUCGACGAGGACUUCAACGCGCACAUCAAUGGCGAAGGUGGUUUCGAAGAAGAGGAAGAUGUUGACAUCGAAGUCCGUGAGGAAGAGCCACCCUUCUUGGCGGGUCAGACGAAGCAAUCACUGGAGCUGUCACCGAUUCGAGUUGUUAAAGCGCCUGAUGGUUCGCUCAAUCGCGCUGCAAUGGCUGGUGACACACUAGCGAAGGAGCGUCGUGACCUCAAACAGCAGGAAGCCCAGGAGAAGGCCGCCAAGGAGGCAGCGAAUGUUGACUUGAGUAGCCAGUGGAACGAUCCAAUGGCCCAACAACGACAAUUCGCCAGCGAUCUUCGCAACACCCGCACGAACGAACCCAGCCAAGCGUUACCAGAGUGGAAGAAGAUCUCCACGAACAGUAGGGAAACCUCGUUUGGCAAACGUACAAACAUGAGCAUCAAGGAGCAACGAGAGUCGUUGCCUGUCUUCAAGUUCAGGAACCAACUUCUUGAAGCUAUCGCCAAGCACCAGAUCCUGAUUGUGGUCGGUGACACUGGAUCCGGAAAGACCACGCAGAUGACCCAGUAUUUGGCCGAGGCCGGCUACGGUAACGAGCUGGUCAUUGGUUGUACCCAGCCUAGGCGUGUAGCAGCUAUGAGUGUUGCCAAGCGUGUCGCUGAGGAGGUUGGCUGCGCUCUCGGUAAUGAGGUUGGUUACACGAUUCGUUUCGAGGACAAGACUUCGCCAGAUACCCGUAUCAAGUACAUGACGGACGGUAUCUUGCAGCGUGAGAUCCUGUUGGACCCCAUGCUGUCAAAGUACAGCUGCAUCAUGCUUGACGAGGCCCACGAACGUACAAUCGCUACUGACGUCUUGUUUGGACUGCUGAAGAAGACACUCAAACGACGCCCGGAUAUGAAGCUCAUAGUGACGAGUGCGACUUUGGAUGCCGACAAGUUCUCGGAGUACUUCUACAAGUGUCCCAUCUUCUCAAUUCCAGGUCGUACUUUCCCAGUAGAGGUUAUGUACAGUAAAGAACCAGAGUCGGACUACCUCGACGCGGCGCUGGUCACGGUCAUGCAGAUCCACUUGACGGAGCCAGCAGGUGACAUUCUGCUGUUCCUGACAGGUAAAGAGGAGAUUGACUCCUCAUGCGAGAUCAUUUCAGAGCGUAUGAAAGCUUUGGGUCCAAACGUACCAGAAUUGAUGAUUCUGCCUAUUUACGGUGCCUUGCCGUCGGAAGUGGCCUCUCGUAUCUUCGAGCCUGCACCCAACGGCACGCGCAAAGUCGUCAUUGCUACCAAUAUCGCUGAGACCAGUCUGACUAUAGACGGCAUCUACUAUGUCGUGGACCCUGGCUUUGUCAAACAGAGUUCCUAUGAUGGAAAGCUAGGAAUGGAUCGUCUGCAGAUUACCCCGAUUUCGCAAGCCCAGGCUCGCCAAAGGAGUGGACGAGCAGGUAGAACAGGACCUGGAAAGUGCUUCCGUCUGUAUACCGAGGCCGCAUUCCAGAACGAAAUGUUGCCGACUACGAUUCCGGAGAUCCAGCGCCAAAACUUGUCAAACACGAUUUUGAUGCUCAAGGCUAUGGGCAUCAACGAUCUGUUACACUUCGACUUCAUGGAUCCACCGCCUACAAAUACCAUGUUGACAGCCCUGGAGGAGCUGUAUCAGUUGGGCGCACUGGACGACGAAGGCCUGCUAACACGUCUCGGUCGACAGAUGGCUGACUUCCCAAUGGAUCCAUCCCUGUCAAAGUCACUCAUCAAAUCCGUUGAGCUUCAAUGCUCAGAUGAGAUCUUGACCAUUGUUGCCAUGAUUAGCGCUACUCAGAGCGUCUUUCAUCGUCCACGCGACAAGCAACAACAAGCCGACCAGAAGAAGCAGAAGUUCAACGACCCUUCUGGCGAUCAUAUCACCCUUCUCAAUGUGUACAAUGGUUGGAAACAGGGUGGAUUCAGUACGCCGUGGUGUCAAGAGAACUUUGUUAUACCCAAGAACAUGCAGCGUGUGCGCGACGUGCGCAACCAGUUACUGCAGAUUAUGGCGCGACACAAACAUCAAGUCGUUUCAUGCGGUCGCAACACGAUCAAGGUUCGGCAAGCGCUAUGCUCGGGCUUCUUCCGCAACUCAGCACGCAAAGAUCCUGCCGAGGGUUACAAGACGCUCGUUGAAGGCACACCCGUCUACUUGCAUCCCUCCUCCUCACUGUUUGGCAAGCCUGCUGAACACGUCAUAUACCACUCACUUGUGGAGACGACGAAAGAAUAUAUGCAUUUCUGCAGCGCUAUCGAGCCGAAGUGGCUUGUCGAAGCAGCGCCAACCUUCUUCAAGGUCGCGCCAACAGACAGGUUGAGUAAGCGAAAGAAGGCUGAGAGAAUUCAGCCCCUGCACAACAAGUUUGCAGGUGAAGACGAUUGGAGAUUGAGUGCGCAGAGGAGGGCUGGCAGAGGUGGUGGCGGAACAUGGGGUUGA